CCUUCUCCCAAACCCCUCUCUCUCUCUCUUUCUCUCUUCAAAACACAAUCUAAGACAUAAUGGGGAAUUGUAUAGCACAUGAAUCUUCCUCUUCCACUACCAUGUUCUCCGAUGAUGUUGAAUGGGACGAGGAUGUUGUUUCAUCUUCAUCAAAGAGCAACAAUGCUAAAGCAUCAUCAAAGGAAAGUAAUAAUCAUCAUAAAGAAGUGAAGAUAAAGAUAACAAAGAAGCAGUUAGCUGAGUUGCUUGGUAAAAUGGAUGUGAAGGAGUUAAGGGUUGAACAAGUUUUGUCUCAUUUGAUGGAUCAUAGUUCUCAUCAUCAUACUCACCAUUAUUAUUCUCCUUGGAGGCCUGCUCUUCAAAGCAUUCCUGAAUAAUACUCACUACUAGUCUAUAUCAAUUAAGGAUCGAAAUAACGACGUCGUAUUGGUCUUGUGUUAUUAGGUCAAUCAUGUCGUUAUUCUAUCCUUAAUUGAUAGAUUUAUUUCGACGUAGGUUAUAAUAUGGUUAUUAGACUUUCGAAUUGAUGAUUUUGUAUGAGUUUUGGGUUAAGAGUUAUGAAUUGAAAUUUCUAAAUUUUGUUGUAGACAAAUUUAAUUUAGAUAGAAUAUGGGGUGCUUAAAGCUUUUGCUUUAGUUUUCUUGUAUAUAGCCAAGCUCAAAAGAAAAAAAAAAAUAGAAA